CAGAAGGAUAUGAGUUACUAUGUGAAUAUCACAGCUGCUAAUUCUGUUGACAAUUCUACCCAGACGAUGCUGUUCAUCAAGGCUGCAAGCUACUCUUAUGAUGUGGUGAUUAUCGUUGUGAUUUUAGCAUUCAGCAUCAUCAUUCUAGUCUCUAUUGCAUUCCUUUCAUGGAAUAAACUAAAGAAGGCAGAGUGUAUGCAGCCGUAUCCUGAACCAAACUUCCUUGAUUUAUCGACAUAUAACUUCAAUAUUAGAGAUGAUAAUUAUAACACCAUUGAGGAACAUGAGAUGUUUGAUGACCUCAAGUGCCAACAACCCCCUGAAGCAGAUCAAGAAAACUUGAUUUCAUUCAGCUCAUCUGAUCCAAUUCAUAGCAACUUUAUGGGAUCCCUUGAUACAAGCGGGUUCAAUAGUAGAGACACAUCAUCAGGUCAAACUAAAAGAACUGAGUUAUCACCAUCAAGGAGUAUGCCAGAUAUCUUAUGUGAAAGUCUAAUGGAAAAUAAUAAUUCUUCUGAGGAUGGGUACAUGUUAAUGAACAACAGUGCACAAAAUUCUCCUGCAUGUAUGCAGGAAGCACACACUACAAGUGAUGACCAUAUUAACGAUUAUGUGAUAAGAACAUUCUUUCCUGGAAGUCGCAAUCAGUUUGGUGACAGUGCCCCUAAGAACAUGCAGCCUCCUCUUGUCACACCAGAUAUUGGUGGGUAUGUCGAUGGGAGGAACAUAAAUCUAUCAAGACCCAGUGUGCCAUCAAAUAAUGCAAGUAAGACCAGGAAUGUUAGUAGUUAUGUAGAUCAUUUACAGUUGCAGCAACACACAAGAGGUGCCUCCAACAGCUCUCCAAAUCUUUUCACCAAUCCAAAUAUAAACAGUCUGAAAGGAAAUGUGAAAUCUGCAAGUGCUUUGCAUGUUGAUAAAGUUGAUAACCAGACAACUUUAAGUGCAGCAAGUCCUGGCUACAUCCCUUCAGCAAUGAUGUCAUCUUUCUAUGAUGGUCCUCCGGGAUCCUCACCAGAUACAGCAGGAAAACCUAUGAAAGGAUCACAUCAAGGUCCUGGUGGUCCAUGUACAAGACCAGUUUCUUCUGGCAUACUAACUGGCUCUUUAGUUAAUGGUGGUACAAGAGCUGGUCAACCAGUCACUCAUCUAGCUGAAUCAAGGUUGUCUCCAAAAGGAUUUAAUCCUAGGAGACAACAGAAAAGCAAUGGAUGUAUUCAAACUGCAAAUUUACCAUUGCAUAAAAAGUCAAACAACACCACAUGCAUGAAACCGAAUGGUACAUCACGUCAGGUGCCAUCCAACUCUACUAAUCACAUGGCAGGAUCAUCAUCUAGAAAACCUCCGCCACAUUCAUUACCUUUGCAUCACACUCAUUCACCAGUACCCUCAAGGGAUUCUGAACAAGGUUGCAACAGACAAUCACAGCCUACCCAAUCAUCUUCACAAAAUCAUAAAACCCCACAUGGCAAAGAAGUUGAUAGUUCAAGCUCUGUUGAAAAUGGCUAUAUACCCUUAAGGAGUUUUAGUAGUCCAGAAUAGAUGUUCUAGAGUACUUCUUUCUUUUUUUAUUGUAUAUGCAAAAAAUAAAAUACGGUUCAGUAUCUGCUUCAUA